AUGGAUAUUAUCCACCGACUCAACCCAUUCCAUCGACCCGCUUCUUCCUUACGAAACAAUACACCCACGCCCACCGUAACAUCAACCAUUGGUUCAAGUAUACGACCUUCAUCAUCCCUCGAAAGUGGGUCAGCUCACCCCUCAAUAGAUUCAACCUUGAUACCGACCUCUUAUGACGGAGCUGAAAUUCGGUAUGAUACACCUGCCUCUCCCAUCAAAGGUCAUUAUAGAACUCCGUCAAUCUUGCGAUCAUUAGCUCAUCAUCCCAGUUUAUCUGCACUGAAAAACAAAUCUAAGAAAAAGAAGAGAGUUAGAGGUGCUUUCGUUCCUCCCCUACCACUUGGCGAAUACGACAAACAUGAAAUUGAUGAACAGGGGAAAGUAAAACAAAAUGGUCUGAAAUUCAGUAAGAGUCUACCUAGAGACAUGAGAUUAAGUCAUGAUCCCCAAGUCGACUCCCUACCACCUGUACCCCCUCAUCCACUUGUACCUACAUCAUCACAUAAUCUGACUUACCCAAGAACAAGAUCGAUCUCACCAGACAAAGAUGAACAAAGCUCAAAUUCAAUCAAACGGAUACCACCUCCAUCACCUAAUCCACAAGAUUACUUGAAUGCAAAUAUCAGUAUAGAUUAUGAUCAUUUUCCUACUCCCGAAAGUAUGAGAAUGAAAAUGAGAUUUGACAGUGACCUGACCCAGACUUUCAAUGGUACUUCCAAGACUCACUUGGAAAGCCAAAGCGUAAACGCCAAUUCCAUCGACCAGAGGAACGGCCUCGGAGUCGAAAGCCCAAGAAGAAGAUAUAUGAGUUUUGACCAGAGGUUAAGUCCUAGAAAAGCAAAAAUUCGUCAUCUAUCAACUCCAUCAGAAUCACCCCCCAGACGACCUCAUCCUCAAACUACUCAACAUCCUCAUCCCAUCCCAAUGCAAUCCCAUCUAUACGCACAGUCACUCUACGCCGAAUCAUCCACCUUCUUCUCACCUGAUUUCGGUGCUCCUCCACCCCAGCCAUUCGAUUGGGACAGCCAACAAGUUGAUGAUGAUGGUUUGGACACGUUCAUUGAUAACCAUCAACUACCUCCUGGAACACCUGGCGGGAGAAGAGAGGUUUCACAAAGGGGUGCUUGUGCACAUGGUGUGGAACAUAACAAAGAUGCAGUACGGUUAUUUUCAAGAGAUACGUAUCCUCAUCCGUCACCCUCACCAGAGUCAACACCACCUAAAUCAUCUCCUGAGCGAUAUGAAUCUACACCAACUAGAACACCCAAGCAUAGAAGAUCAGAAUCAAGUCCUGCUUGUUCACCAGUCCGAAAACAGAAAGAAGCAUUUAAAAAAGCAGCUAAACGAUCUUCAUCACCUUUUGAAGUGAAAUUAUCCGCCAACGUGACCAAGAGGAUGUCACUAGACGCUUUUGGUACACCCAGCCCACCUCGAUCGGUUGAGGAAGAAGUAGUGGAAGAGGUCUUGUCAGAGAGCCACGAGGAUGAACACGACAACGCAGAUCAAGCGGAACUCGACCAGCUUCGAGAUAAUGGAUUAGAAGGAUACCAAUCUCAUGAAUUGUCAAAUAUCACCGAGUCUCCCUCUUCUGCUGAACACUCUUUUGGUAAUGACAUGACUCAAACACCAUCAAAUCCUACAAGCGCUCACGGUACCACUCCGUUCUUUACUCCUCUUUCACCUACUCUCACUCACCAAGAACUCCCGCUACCCAUGUCACAUUCACCUUUGACUUGGAAAAAUCACAUGUCCGCGCCACCGCUAGUUGUGACGACCUCUCUACUCGCAGCUCAAGAGCAACAUUCCAGCGGCCUAAAGGAUCAACUGAAAGCUAGAGAAAUGAUGAUGGAUAUACUCUAUUCCGAAGUUAAUGAAUUGAGAGCGUUCGUCAAUCAAUAUGAGACAGAGAAAGAGCUACUUCACAACGACUUGCUGAACAAAGAGGAAGAGAUAGAGGAAUGGGAAGAAAGAUGUGAAGGUAAAGACACAGCUCUCGACCAGCUUAGACAAGCUAUAAGAGAAAACGAAGAGCAUUUUGAGAUCCUUCAGGAUACACACGACUCGUUAGCAGAGAGAUGUGCACAUCUCGAGCAGGAGAAAUGCCUCCUUCAAGAUAGUAUGUUAGAGGUGAUUGCAAAUAAUGGCAAGAUGAAGAGCGACCUUGCGGACAUGAGAGUACAAAUGAAUGCUUGUAAGGACAGAGAGGGUGACAUUGAAAGGGAGAAAAAAGGACUCGAAGUGGUCGUGCUUGAAUUGAGAAGGGAGAUGAGAUGGGCGGAAGAACAGGAUGCAGAAAGGGACAAGCUGGUUAAAUAUGCUGAGGAAAGGGAAUUGGAAGUCUUCAAUAAAGACCAAGAUCUCAUCCAGCAACAAAUGAAGGAGAAGGACUGUCAGAUAGUCAUGCUUGAGAAACAAAUCUCGGACGCUCAUCAUGGUUACCAAGAAACAAUCGCCACACUCAAGGACAAUAUUGAAGAAAUCAGUAAUCAGCUCAUCGAAAGAACUGGGAUCUUCUCAAAAUCUCAAGGCGAACUCUCACGACUCCGACAGGAUCUUGAUUGCGAACAAAGCGAAAGGAGGUCUAAUGAGCUUGACUUGCGUGAACAAGAUUUUACCAUCACAUCUUUACGAGAAGAACUGGUAUCUUCCCGAUCUUCAAUCGACUCGCUUAACCUGUUCCUGAAGGAAAAGGAUGAAAAGAUCGAUACGCUCAUUUUCGAUGUAUCUGUUCUGCGAGAUCAGGUCAAAUGUCUCAAAGCUGAGAACAUCUCCAAAGAUGCAACUAUCUCCGUCCUCAAGGACAAGGUAGAAUUGGCAAGAUUUGAAACAAACGAAUGCCGAUUUGAAUCUGAAGUGGAGCUGAACCAGCUUCGAGAACAGAUGGAAGAGUUGACCCGAAGCAGUGCAGAGAGGGAAUGGGCCGGCAGGCAAGGUACAGAAAUGAUUGCUAGAUUGAUGGAGGAGAAGAGAGAGUGGGAAGAAGAGCGAGAUGAACUUGUUGAGAUGAUCAAUCGCAAUUCCAUUGACGAAGAAUCCUCUGCCAGAUUGCGAGACCAGAUUGAUUCCCUCACGUCACAACUCAAUACUAUGAGUCACCAUGUAGAGUCAAUCCAAAGUGAACUCGAAGAUCGGUCAUCUGCUUUGGCUCACAAGACAACAUUGAUCCACGCUCAAGAAGCUGAGCUUUCCGCACUACGAUUAACGGUUUCUCAAUCCGAAGACACACUUUCUUCCACUCGUCAAUCUCUUGAACGGCAAUCGAAAGAACAGGAGAAAAUCAUAAGUAGAUUGAGGGAAGAAGUGGAGACUUUAGGAAUGAAAUUGAAAUCACACGAUAACGCAUUAAGAUCGGCAGUGGUAGAAGCUGAAUCGACAAAAGUCAAUUACAAUGACUAUAAUUCGAGAUUAUCAGCUUAUUUGAAAGAGAUUGAUCAGUUGAGAUUAUCAGAAAAAAAGUUGCAGUCGAGUCUGUCGAUGUAUCAAAGAGAAUCAUCUGAUCAGAUUAUGAAAUUCUCAGAGAUGAACAGGAAGUUGAAAGCUUUGGAAGAUGAUAAAGAAUUAUUGAAUGUUGCUUUGGAAAGUAAGAUCUUGGAACUAACCUUACUACAACGAAGUUCCAAUCACACUAAAUCGAGGACGAAUACAGUGACACCCGUGCCAUCGCAUUUGUCUACGCCGUCAUUUAGCACCACUUCCAGACACAGUAUCUCUUCAAGACCUAGCACGAUCAAACCCUCAAUGUCAAUGUCAACUUCGAAGAUACCUAGUACACCAACACCAUCCACAGGUGAUAAUCACUUACCCAGGAGAUUGACCACUUCAACAUCAGCAACUACUCGUUCACGAAGAGAUACGAUCUCCAAUAUCACUAUCGGAACUACUACUCCUAGGAUCCCAUUGGGUUCCUCUACAAGACAUAACAAAGUUCAACUUCAUCCUGAAAUGAGGGCCGGUUUGGGCGUAACAGGGGACAUCAAGAAGGUUGAAAGACGAACGAGUCUGCCUGUGUUGACAAGAAGACCAAGCAGUGUCAUUGGACACAGUGCGAAUGGAAAAAGAGAUAGUUUACUCAGGGUCGAUGAAGUAUCACGAGUUGCUUGA